AUGGGAGCAAUAAUCAUGGUGAAUACAUUUUGGAACAGAUAUAUAUCAAAUCCUACAAGUAUUGUGGUUGAAACAAAUCAUGAACCAAUUUCGUCGAUACCAUUUCCAGGAGUUACCAUAUGCCAUACAAAUAGGAUACAUGAUAAAUAUGUAAAGAGCUUUGUUAAAAAACUUAACUUACCUAAAGAGGUUUCACGUGAAGAAGUCGAAAUGGCCAUAGAAAAUUCAGGUGGAUUUUUGGUUGAAGAAAUUUCCAACAAUACAGACUUAGAUUUAUUAGAAUCAAUUCUUCAAGACAACCGAUACUCUACUGACGAUGUUAUGCAAAAUGUUGUGCAACCCUGCAAUGACUUGUUUGUAAGAUGUCGAUGGCAAGGUAGAUACAAAAGUUGCAAAAGUUUGUUUCAUUUAGCUUUGACUACAGAUGGAUAUUGUUGUACUUUUAAUGCAGAGUAUAGAAAGAGAAAAUUUUCGCCGUUACAUACUCAUUAUUUUGGGUUGCCGAAUGGAUUAUCUGUAGCAAUUUUGCCAAUACAGAAAACCAAUGCUACGAAUGAACCAGAUUCUGUAAAGGUAUUCAUUCACAAUAAUUAUGCUUUACCAAAUGAAGCUGUAGUUCAAAAACUGGCUGCAAAAGGCUCAGAAGUUGCCAUGGAAGUCACUGCUGGAAUGACUUAUUGCACAAAUCAGGUUCGACAAUUGGCAAUAACAGAUCGCCAAUGUGUUUUUAGUGAUGAAAAACCACUUCCAAAUUUUGCAAAAUAUACAGUUCCAAAUUGUGCAGUUGAUUGUAGGGCUACCAAAGCCUAUGAACUUUGUGGUUGUGUACCAUUUUAUUACCCAGCAACACCUGGGAUCAUCCCUGUUUGUAAUUUUACCAGAACUGAAUGUUUAGUAAGAUACUGGGAUGAUUAUAGAAAUAUUCCGACUGCCCCAAUAUCAAGAGAUCCUGUAAUGAUGAAAAAUCAUUCCUUCUGUUUCUGUCCACAACUUUGCAAUAAUUACAAUUACAUAGUACACGGAUUUACAUCAACUUUACAAAAAUUGGAAACUAAUGUUGAUAAUUUUUACCAAGAUUUAAAUGAAAGUUUUGCGGUAGUUCAUAUUUACUUCAGAAAGCAAACUGCCACAGUUCAAAGACGAGAUUUGCUCUCUUCUUGGAUUGGUUUAGUUUCGUCUUUAGGAGGGAUUUUCGGACUAUUUCUAGGAUGCAGUUUCCUUAGUGCAUUAGAAUUGCAAUGGGUUUCUUUGCUUUUUGGUUCAUUUUCAAAUGCAGUGGACUCCCAAUUUUCAUUUCGUGGACCCCCAAAUUUCAUUUACGCUGCCGUUGACCCCUUAAAAGUCGCCAUGGACCCCUAG